AUGAGUUUCUUCCAUCUUCUCCUUUCUAUGUUUCUAUUGUUUUCACUUUUAACCUCACAAACUGUUUGUGGAAAUGCUGAGCUCAGGGCUUUGAUGGACUUGAAAUCCUCUCUUGAUCCAGAGGGAAAGAUUCUUACUUCAUGGAUCAGUGAUGGUAAUCCAUGUAGUGGUUCAUUUGUAGGAGUUGCUUGCAAUGAUCAUUGGAAAGUGGCCAAUAUUUCUUUGCAGGGAAAGGGACUUUCUGGUUCAUUAUCUCCGGUUGUUGCUGAACUUAAAUGCUUGUCAGGGUUAUACUUGCAUUACAACAAUCUUUCUGGUGAGAUACCAUCACAGAUUUCAAACCUCACUGAUCUUGUUGAUCUUUAUCUUGAUGUUAAUAGUCUAUCUGGAACUAUUCCUCCUGAGUUUGGCAACAUGGCUAGUCUUCAAGUACUCCAGUUGGGAGAUAAUCAAUUGGUGGGGAAUAUACCAACACAGAUGGGUUCCUUGAAGCAGCUUACUACUCUUGCUUUGCAAUAUAACAAAUUAGAUGGUCAAAUUCCCCUUAGCUUGGGGAAAUUGGAGAAACUAAGCAGGCUAAAUUUGAGCUUCAACAACUUCAGUGGUACUAUUCCUGCAACACUAGCCAAUGUUGCUCAGUUGAAAGUUUUGGAUAUUCAAAACAAUUCUCUAUCAGGAAUUGUUCCUUCUGCAUUGAAGAGACUUGGGGAAGGAUUCCAAGGGGCAAACAACCAAGGUUUAUGCGGAGUAGGACUUUCUUCUUUGAGAGCUUGCAACGAGUAUCCAGAUUUAAACGUCAGCAACAUUGAUACCUCGGAUCAAGACCACUUCAAAAAUAAUAAUCCCGCAACGCCUCGCCCGGAGCCUGCAAAUAUCCCAGUGCAUUGUAACCAGACACAUUGCUCAAAAUCAGGAAGGUUUCCUUUAAGUGUCAUCACAACUGCAAGUGCUAUAAUCAUCACUCUUGUAUUCAUAGGUGUUGGAUUGUUUACAUUCGUCAAAUACCGCCGGCGAAAGCAGAAGAUUUCCUCGAACUAUUCUGAAGGGAAACUUAGUCCUCAGCAGCCUAAAGAUUUAUACAGAAAAAGCCCAUCUACCCUUGUUAAUCUUGACUAUUAUAAUGGAUGUUAUCCAUUGGCCGGCGAUCAAAAAGCUGGUGGAUUAGCCAAUGAAUAUCUAAACAAAUUCAGGUUUAAUGUUGAGGAAGUCGAGUCUGCAACACAAUAUCUUUCAGAAGCGAAUUUAUUGUGUAAGAGCAAAUUCUCAGCAAUGUAUAAAGGAGUUCUCAGAGAUGGUUCUCUUGUGGCUAUUAGAAGCAUUAACAUGACAUGUUGCAAAACCGAGGAGGCCGAAUUUGCAAAGGGAUUGAGUUUAUUAACAUCACUUAGACAUGAAAACGUUGUUAAGCUAAGAGGUUUCUGUUGCUCAAGUAGUAGAGGUGAAUGUUACCUUAUUUAUGACUUUGCCACGAUGGGCGACCUGUCUCAAUAUCUUGACAUGGAAGAUAGAAGUGGCCAUUUGCUUGACUGGUCCAAGAGGGUUUCUAUCAUCAAGGGCAUUGCAAAGGGUAUUGGAUAUCUGCACAGCAAUGAAGCAAGCAAACCCACAAUAGUACACCAGAAUAUUUCAGUGGAGAAUGUUCUCCUUGACAAAGAGUUUAAUCCAUUGAUCAUGGAUGCUGGACUUCCUAAACUUCUCGCAGAAGAUGUUGUUUUCUCAGCUCUAAAAGUAAGUGCUGCCAUGGGAUACCUAGCUCCUGAAUACAUUACCACCGGGCGCUUUACAGAGAAGAGUGACAUAUACGCAUUUGGCGUUAUUGUACUCCAAGUUUUAUCUGGCAAGACAGCGAUAGGUGGUUCGAUACGCACCGCGUUUGAGUCUCUCAGAUUUGAUGAUUGCAUUGACACAAAUCUUAAUGGAAGAUAUUCUAGUUCUGAAGCCAUGACGCUUACAAAGCUUGGAGUACAGUGUGUCCAUGAGAGCCCUGACGAAAGACCAAACAUGGUGGAUGUGAUUCAGGAGCUAAGCAUGUUUCCGGCUCAUUCAAAGUGA